GUAACACCCGCCCAACAUGUCGAUUAUGGAAUAUAACGGUGGCUCCGUGAUCGCCAUGGUGGGGAAGGACUGUGUCGCCAUUGCCUCCGAUCUGCGACUAGGAAAUCAGGCGCUGGGCAUCUCCUCCAACUUUCAGAAGAUCUUCCCCAUGACCAACCGAAUAUUCUUGGGUCUUCCCGGACUUGCGACAGAUGUAACAACAUUGAAGGAGACGUUCCGCUACCGUGUAAACAUGUUCACCAUCAAGGAGGAACGCGAGAUCGAGCCCGAGACCUUCGCCCACCUCGUCUCCUCCACCCUCUACGAGCGCCGCUUCGGCCCCUGGUUCAUCGAGCCCGUCAUGGCCGGGCUUCAGAAGACGCACGACGGCAGCUACAAGCCGUACAUCGCCGCGACGGACCUCAUCGGCUGCCUGAACUUUGCGAAGGACUUCGUCGUCGCGGGCACCGCGAGCACCAAGCUGUUCGGUGUGGCGGAGGGCCUGUGGGAGCCGGACCUGGAGCCGGAGGACUUGUUCGAGACGAUCUCGCAGACGCUGCUGAACGCGGUCGACCGGGACGCGUACUCGGGUUGGGGGGCGGAGGUGUACGUUCUGACGAAAGACAAGGUUAUCAAGCGCACGCUCAAGGGUCGUAUGGACUAGUUCGUAUCAUGUAUCGUCACAUCAUGUCCAUUCUCGCUUUCGAUUGCAAGCUAUGCACAUAGGCGCGAUGAGCGCAUUGAUGCG